AUGGUAUCGGAUCAAGUAGAAUCGUCGGGCAAGCCAAUGCGAGCCUCCAUAGAGUAUCAAAACGGCAAGACAUUGAUGGCACAAGGACCACAAGCUUUGCACGAACAUGUAGCUUCUCGUAUGGAAAAGGCACUAGGUCGAGCACUCCCUCAGAUGGAAGUACGUUUUAAAAACGUUUCCAUUUCGGCCGAUAUCACUGUUAAAGAUGAGACGAACCUCAAGAUUGAAUUGCCAACGCUUGUGAAUGAAUUUACGGGGGGUAUACGUGGAUUAGUCGCUACAAAACACACAGUCAAGAAACAUAUUCUCAAGAAUGUUACUGGUGUCCUUAAACCAGGCACCAUUACACUCGUGCUUGGCCAGCCUGGAUCCGGAAAAUCUUCGUUGAUGAAGCUGCUAAGUGGCAGGUUUCCCGACCAGAAAAAUGUCACAAUAGAUGGUGAAGUAACGUACAACGGCACACCAGCCAACGAAUUGCUUCGACGUCUGCCACAAUUUGUUUCGUACGUCACUCAAAGAGAUAAACAUUAUCCAUCGCUGACAGUCAAAGAAACAUUAGAAUUUGCUCACGCUUGUUGUGGUGGAGGUUUCUCGGAACGCGAUGCUCAGCAUUAUGUUAAUGGUACACCUGAAGAGAAUCAAGCUGCUCUUGAAGCUGCUAGAGCCAUGUUCAAGCAUUAUCCAGAUAUCGUUAUCCAACAGCUCGGAUUAGAAAAGUGUCAGAAUACCAUUGUCGGUGAUGCCAUGAUCCGUGGUGUUUCUGGAGGAGAGCGAAAGCGUGUGACUACAGGCGAAAUGGAGUUUGGUAACAGGUGUGUCAUGAUGAUGGAUGAGAUUAGCACGGGUCUCGAUAGUGCUGCUACCUUUGAUAUCAUUACUACACAACGUAGUAUUGCCAAAAAGUUUCGGAAGACCAUCGUCAUCUCAUUAUUGCAACCAUCACCUGAAGUUUUUGAGCUUUUCGAUGACGUCAUUAUAUUGAAUGAAGGUCACAUCAUGUAUCAUGGUCCACAAGCUGAGGCCUUGACGUACUUUGAAAAUCUUGGCUUUAAGUGUCCUCCACGUCGCGAUGUUGCUGAUUUCCUUUUGGACUUGGGAACUGAUAAGCAGUCGCAAUAUGAAGUCGAGUCAAUAUCAACAAACAGUAUUCCACAUACAGCUAGUCAAUAUGCCGAUGCGUUUACUCGCUCAAGCAUUUACGGACAAAUGAUGGAAGAGAUUCAUGGUCCAGUGCAACCGAAUUUGCUUGAAGAUCACGUCAAGCAUAUUGAUCCAAUUCCUGAGUUCCAUCUCGACUUUUGGGAAAGCACAGUUGGUGUUGUACAACGUCAAAUCACACUAACGAUGCGGGAUACAGCCUUUCUCGCUGGUCGCUCUAUCAUGGUGAUUUUAAUGGGUUUACUCUAUGCAAGCGUAUUUUACCAAUUUGAUGAGACGAAUGCACAAUUAGUGAUGGGUCUCAUCUUUUACGCUGUCCUGUUUGUGUCGCUAGGACAACAGGCACAGAUUCCAGUUUUUAUCGCAGCACGUGAGGUCUUUUACAAGCAACGCCGAUCCAAUUUCUUUCGUACAUCGUCAUUUGUUCUUGCAAAUUCAGUAAGUCAAAUUCCAUUGGGCUUUGCUGAGAGUUUAGUCUUUGGGUCCGUUUUGUACUGGAUGUGUGGAUACGUGUCUACCGUAGAUGCUUUUCUUCUGUUUGAGGUGAUGCUAUUUGCAACAAAUUUAGCAAUGUCGGCAUGGUUUUUCUUCCUGUCGUGUGCUUCACCAAAUUUAAACGUGGCGAACCCGAUUUCGAUGGUUUCCAUCCUUUUCUUCAUCCUCUUCGCUGGUUUUGUCAUCACAAAAGAACAAAUUCCCGACUAUCUCAUUUGGAUUUACUGGAUCAAUCCCAUGGCAUGGAGUGUCCGAGCCCUUGCUGUAAAUCAAUACACCGACUCAAGCUUUGAUGUAUGUGUAUACAACAAUGUUGAUUAUUGCACUGAUUACAAUUUGACAAUGGGUGAGUACUCAUUGUCGACGUUUGAAGUGCCAUCGGAGAAGUUCUGGCUUUGGUAUGGUAUGUGUUUUAUGGCGGCAGCAUACGUUUUCUUCAUGUUCAUGUCGUUUAUUACUCUGGAAUAUCACCGCUAUGAAAGUCCAGAAAACGUGACGCUCGAUAGUGAGAACAAGGGGGAGACGUCGGACAAUUAUGGACUUAUCUCUACGCCACGGAGCUCGCCAGAUGAAAGUCAUGCUGUAGUGUCAGUGAGCCCUGACAGAGAGAAACACUUUAUUCCAGUCACUCUUGCUUUCAAGGAUUUAUGGUAUUCUGUGCCUGACCCAACUAAUCCUAAGGAAACUAUCGAUUUACUUAAAGGCAUCAGUGGAUAUGCUUUACCUGGCACUAUUACGGCAUUGAUGGGAUCGUCGGGUGCAGGAAAGACCACACUUAUGGACGUUAUCGCAGGACGAAAAACUGGUGGAAAAGUUAAAGGUCAGAUUUUAUUAAAUGGUUAUCCCGCGUCUGACCUCGCCAUCCGUCGAUCUACUGGCUAUUGUGAACAGAUGGACAUCCAUUCUGAAUCGGCUACUUUUCGCGAGGCACUUACGUUUAGUGCAUUCUUACGCCAAGGAGCUGAGGUACCUGACAGCAACAAGUACGACUCGGUGAAUGAAUGUCUUGAUCUUUUGGAUUUGCAUCCAAUUGCUGAUCAGAUCAUUCGUGGAAGUUCCGUGGAACAGAUGAAGCGAUUGACUAUUGGCGUAGAGUUGGCAGCUCAACCAAGUGUUUUGUUCUUAGAUGAGCCUACCAGUGGUCUAGAUGCUCGUUCCGCCAAACUUAUUAUGGAUGGAGUUCGUAAAGUAGCAAACACAGGUCGCACGGUCAUCUGUACGAUCCAUCAGCCCUCGACAGAAGUGUUUAAUGUUUUCGACUGUCUUUUGUUAUUGAAGCGUGGUGGUCAGACGGUGUUUUCGGGUGAACUUGGUAAGAAUGCAAGCGCAAUGGUCGCAUACUUUGAGUCGAUCGACGGUGUAGCGAAACUUGGAGACAAUUACAAUCCUGCGACUUGGAUGCUUGAAGUAGUUGGCGCCGGUGUUGGCAACAGCAAUGGCGACAAAACCGACUUUGUGAAAGCUUUUCAAACUAGUCGAAACUUUGAGCUGUUGCAAUCAAACCUUAAUCGCGAAGGUGUGACCAGUCCCUCUCCCGAGUAUUCUGAAUUGACCUUUGGAGACAAACGCGCCGCGACUGAGAUGAUCCAGGCCAAAUUUUUACUUCAGCGUUUCUUUCGAAUGUACUGGCGUACGGCAUCUUACAACUUGACGCGUCUCAGUCUUUUCAUAAUACUUGGACUUGUGUUUGGCAUCACGUAUAUCGAUUCGGAGUACACGUCGUACGCUGGUAUCAACUCAGGCAUGGGCAUGCUCUUCAGCACAAACACCUUUAUUGGUUUUAUUGCUUUUAGCAGUGUCAUGCCCGUUGCAUCAGACGAUCGUCUUGCUUUCUACCGCGAGCGUGCAUCUCAAACGUAUAAUGCUCUGUGGUAUUUCGUUGGUGCGACUGUAGUAGAGAUUCCGUACGUCUUUAUUGGAACAAUGCUUUUCAUGAUUCCAUAUUAUCCAAUGGUUGGGUUUACGAAUGUGACCACAUUCUUCGCCUAUUGGGUUCAUUUGUCGAUGUUUGUGCUGUUUCAAGCGUAUUUCGGUCAAUUCAUGGCUUAUUUCAUGCCUACUGUCGAAGUUGCGACAAUCUUCGGUGUGCUGAUUCAGAUGAUUUUCUUUCUUUUCACCGGCUUUAAUCCUCCUGGAGAUUUAAUUCCAACAGGAUACAAAUGGCUUUACCACAUUACACCGCACAAAUAUGCGUUGGCAUUAGCAACGUCUCUAGUCUUUGGAGAUUGUCCAAGUGAUGGAGAUGGCUCGGAAAUUGGCUGCCAAGUCAUGACGGGACUACCGCCUUCCCUUCCUGAAAAUCUUACGGUGAAAGAUUACAUGGAAGACAUUUUUUUGAUGAAGCGCAGUGAGAUCUGGCAAAAUUUUGGAAUUGUCUUUGCGUUUAUCAUUUUAUUCCGUCUACUCGCACUGUGGGCACUGCGUUUCGUCAAUCAUCAGAAAAAAUAG